AUGUAUUCAGGAAAGGUAAAUAUAAACUGCUCACCUCCACUAGGAACUGACGGAUACUAUUCGUCGCUACGACAUGCGAAGCAACUAGUGCAAAAAGUUAUUGUCUCGCAAACGGAUUCCCCAACUGCUUACAGAAGCGGCGAUUCAUUCCACGACUGCAUUCGAUUGGUAUUGGCCAAGGUUUCGACCUUGGAUUGGACGACUGUUGACAAUACAUUGCAACAACUGCAAAUCAAGAACUUGCUUCGGAGGCUGCCUGGUGUGAUUCGCACGGGAUGCUUGAUGUCAGCGGAUUUUUACACCAAAGACAGUGUGCCGAAAUGCGUUGUGCAGCCAGCCGUUAGCUCAGAGAAGGAGAACGCUCUACUUCGCUUCGAGGUUCUAGUUGAAGAUCACCCUAAAUGGCUACAAUGUUGGCCGGAUGCUGGCACUGAAUCAGCCUUUGACAGCAUUGAGGAUACUAGUAUCGAUUUCGGUCCCUCGGUGUGUGAUUUGGAUGGUGCGAGUGAUGAAGGCAUUCAUUUUGUUCUUGUGGAGCUUUUUCAGCGAUACUUGCAUUUGUCAUUCAAAGAUGCUACCGAGAAGAUUACGGCGGAUGACUUUGCGCACUUCGACAUCCUGUUGUCGUUCCUGGUACACCGCCGCAAACACAAAGUCGCUCUCUGGAUGAAGGAAUACUUAGGACCUGACCAGUUCGUGGAUGCAUGGAAUGAAAUCGAGCAAUCGUACCUCGCCCCGUUCGAAGCACUUUUACAAAGAUGUACCCACCAGUGCGCUAAAUGCCAGCUCCAGUGUAUGCGUUCGACUCUUCAUGCAUCUGACAAGGAGCACGAUUGCGGGCUGGCCACGAAGGCAAAUGCAAGUGUGGAAAGGGAGAUCACACAUGCGGUAGCGUGUGUAGCCUUUCGUCUGCUCCAAACUGCGAGGUCGACUGUGAGUUAG